AUGGCAACACCUGUCAUUCCGCCCUCCGUUCCAGCGCCGCUGACGGAGCGCGAGCCACUAGUGGGGAGCAAGAAGAACGCAAGCCAGCGCUACGUCAAGCAAGGCCUCGAGUUUGCGCUGAGGCUGCAGGAGUACUUCGUUCACGCGUAUGCGGUUCUUAUUCUCCUCACCAUUGGCGUCUGCAGCUACUUCGGCAGUACCGAGGUGUUACAGUACCUGCUUUCCCUGUCGACGAAGUGGCAGGGGAUGUGGCAGAAGACGGCUUUCAUGUACGUGUGCGUCACAUUUGCGCUCUUUCUGUGUCUCCCUGUGGUGCCGAUCCUGAUUUUGUGUGGGUUUGUGGUGAACGAUUGGGAGCGCGCGAUUGCCGCAAACGCGGCCGGCCUCGUCACAGCGACCUACGCCCAGUACUUGAUCGCGCGCUCCCAUCAAGCGAUCGUGAAGGAGGUACUACUUCUUGAGUAGGAUAUCGCUGCUGAAGGAAUAAGCAACAGCGGUAUCUUUUCAACAUCUAGACCGAUCCAAUGUAUUUUUGUGUGUGAUUCUGGGUGCAUGUAAAGAAUAUGAAUAUCCGAUAAAAGAAAUUCAUCAAUUUGAAAAACGCAGUCGCUGUCGACGCGGUUUCCGGCAUUUUUUCGCGUCGCGCACGUGCUUGCCACUGAUUCUCAGCUGAUUUUUCUUUUCCGGUUCGUGUUUUUUCCGCUUUUCGCGAAGAACUUUCUGGCGGGCGUGCUCAGUUUUCCGCCGAAUCUGUUUCUCUUUUCCGUCGUCCUCCACUCGGUCUACCUGGGUGGGCUGUUCGCCUGGGUGGGGUCCGUGUCGCGCGACGUCACGAAGACGGUGCUGGACACGACGGCGCACAGUCCCACCACAUCCAACGUGAGCGACUACUACAAGAUCGCGGCCACCUUCAUGGUCAGCGUGGUGGCGACCAUCUGGUUCGUCCUUCUUCUGUAUUUUUCCCACCGCCGAGCCCUCCUCGGCGACCACCAGCAGGGCGGGUUUUGGUUUGAAUCUUUCGCGAUCGGCAGGAGCUCCACCAUCACUGGGAUUGCUGACGAGGAAAACAAUGACGAUUAUCCCCUGCCAGUGGACACCACGGACGAGACCAAUCUCGGCCGCAAGGAAAUGACGCCCCGGCACGAGACUUUUGACGAAGCCGAUGCCUAUCAUCGCUACCCCGAGGUGCGCGUGCACGAUGCCGAGGCGGGGGGCACAACUGCGCAGAGAAGUCGAGAAGACCGCGGGGCGGCGGGUGCUCCAGGAGCUGCAAGUAGGUCAGCGCAGGGGCAAGGGUCAGCAAAAAAUACAGCGCCCUCCUGACAGAAAGCCAAACAGGCGCCACCGGGGCGAAAAAAGUAGACGUAAGUAGUUGAUGUGUGCAACAACAUUAGAAUCGACAGUACCUAACUGCGGCGCUUUUUUCGUAACACGAAGAUACUGGGUUGCAAAUGCAAUAUGUAUGCUGGCUGUAACUGUAAGGCAGAUAAUUGUUUUUCAGCAAGCAUCUGGAAUAUGGUGAUACCCAC